AUGUCUUUUCUUGGUCGCGGAGCGGGACCCUCUGGCGGCAUCAGCCCAGAGAAGAUGGAAAUGGCCGUUCAGGAACUGGAAAUGGUUACAGACAUAUUCAACCGCAUUGUGACGUCGUGCCACGCUAAGUGCAUCUCACCGCGGUACGCGGAGGGUGACUUGAACAAGGGCGAAAGCGUAUGCAUCGACCGCUGCGUGGCCAAGUACUUCGAGGUCAACAAAAAGGUCGGGGAGAAGCUGCAGACAGCAGGGGCGAAUGCCCAGGCGUCGGGCACGUUCGGAGGCUCGUUAUGA